AAUCCCUAACCUAAGUCUUCUACUUUUACUUUAUCACUAUCAUCUUUUUUUUUUUUUUUAAAUAAAUUCGAAAGAAAAAAAAAUAAAAAAUAGUCUAUGUAAGAUGAGCUAUACCACUGGAGUACUUAAUUCAGUUUAUGGUGGUGCUUAUCGUUCUUAAAGAAAUGAACCAGACAAGACCUAGCGGUUGAAUUUGUUAAAUAUAGUAGUAAUAUUGGGUCGGCCGAGUGCACGAACCUCGUAGGUCGUGCCACUCUUUUAAUAAGAUCCCACAUCAGUUCAUGGGAGGAUGGAUAAUGUGUAGAGGCUAACAAUAUCUUAUCUAUCCAUCUAUCAUGAAUGUUUUGGAUGAUUCUUUGUUUAUAAAUUUUUUACCAUACAUCAAAUGCUUAGAUUACUCCCCAAGAUAAGAUAAGUGUAGAAAGGAGGAGGAUACAUGAGCAGAUCUAAAGAGAUUAGGAUGGAUGAUUCUGGGGUUGGUUUUCCUGGUUUCCAAACUUGUAUUCACAAGGAAGAAUUUGAAUACAGGAAAGCAUUGAGCAGGUUGCAAAGGCGAGCUCCUUCUCCUUUGCAGAUUAAGCCAAAUGCGGUUCUUGAAAGCCAGAUUUCACCUCAGGCAAUUGGGUGCAGCAUCACUUCAUCAACAUCAACAUCAACAUCAACAUCAAUGGAAGAAGCAUCUUCGUUUAAUUCAUUCUACCACAGCAAAGACCCUAUUCCUCUACUUUCUCCUCUCGUUUCCCCUUCUUUGCUUCAGUCUGCCUACCUUCAAGGGAAUACUGCAAAAUCUCAUUGAAUUCUUAUAACCUCUUUGUCCAUGGUGUUUCUGAUUAUUAUUUUUAUUUGCUGUAUGAUAGGGCCACUGGCUUUGUACAUUGAGUGGAUUUGCUUCUAUGUUCCUUUUUUUUCUUUUUUUUUUUUCAAUUGUCUGUGAAAGUGCCGAUGCUUUUUUUCCUU